UGAGAAACAGAUAGGUUUUCUGUUUCAAACUUCUAAGUUUUUUUUUUUUUUUUCUCCCAAAGAUUUUAUUCUUUACCGACUACUCUGUUUCUCCGAAAGUACAUAAGUUUGUGAGCUGUAACCCUGCUUUUGCUUUCACACGCAAUCCUUUAAACACUUCUCAUCUUCUUCUUCUUCCUCUCCACAGCUUAAACACACUCUGACUGUGAAAAUGGGUAGAGCAACGAGGUGGCUUAAGGGCUUGUUUGGGAUUAAGAGGGACAAAGACAGAGAGCAGCAGCAGAGACCCAAUUCAGAUUCAGCUUUGGUUUCCUGUUUUGAAUACAAGAAAGCUUCAAGCUUUGGGAGGGAGGCGAGUCCUCCUCCGGCGACGACUCUGCUGUGUCAUAAUCCGGCCACUAUCCCGCCGAACAUUUCACCGUCCGAGGCUGCCUGGCUGAGGUCCUUCUACAAUGAAACAGAGAAUGAACAGAGCAAGCACGCAAUCGCAGUUGCGGCCGCCACUGCCGCCGCUGCUGAUGCCGCGGUUGCUGCGGCUCAGGCGGCCGUGGCGGUCGUCCGCCUCACUAGCAAUGGCAGAGGCACCAUGUUCGGCGGCGGCCGCGAGAGAUGGGCCGCCGUCAAGGUCCAAACUUGCUUCCGGGCAUACUUGGCCAGAAAAGCCCUGAGAGCUCUGAAGGGACUGGUGAAGUUACAGGCAUUAGUGAGAGGCUAUUUAGUGAGGAAGCAAGCCACUGCUACACUCCACGGUAUGCAAGCUCUGGUCAGAGCACAGGCCACUGUUCGUUCUCAUAAAUCCAGGGGCCUCAACCUCAACAUUAACAUCACUGAAGCCAACAGAAUCGAAAUGCGCGCACGAAAAUCCACGGAGAGGUUUGAUGAUAGUCGGAGCGAGCACACAGCUCCGAGCCACAGCAGGAGGCUCUCUGGUUGUUUGGAGAACAACAACAGUUUCAACACCAUUGAUGAAAUUCCCAAGAUUGUUGAGGUUGACACAGGAAGGCCCAAAUCCAGGUCUCGUAGAACCAACACUUCCAUUUCUGAACUAAGCGACGAAUUUUACCAGGCAGUGUCUUCUCCACUCCCCUGUUGCUGUCCGGCCAGGUUGACCAUCCCCGACCACCGGAACUUCCAGGAGUCCGACUGGGGACUCACCGGAGAGGAAUGCAGGUUCUCCACGGCGCAGAGCACGCCGAGAUUUGUGAACUCCUGCGGGUCUAAUGCCCCGGCGACGCCGGCCAAGAGUGUCUGCGCCGACAACUUUUACAGGGGAUUUGGGAACAACCCGAAUUACAUGGCGAGCACUCAGUCUUUCAAGGCCAAGUUGAGGUCUCACAGCGCUCCGAAACAGAGGCCGGAGCCGGGGACAAAGAAGAGGCUUUCGCUUAAUGAGUUGCUCGAGUCAAGGAACAGUUUGAGUGGUGUUAAGAUGCAGAGGUCUUGUUCACAAGUGCAGGAAGCCAUUAAUUUCAAGAAUGCUGUGAUGGGGAAGCUUGAUAGGUCGUCAGAUUUUAGUAGCUUGCUGAGGAGGUCUUAAUGUUCAAGCUAGUUAACCUUGUUCAGCUCUUAGCAAAGAGAUUAGGGUUUAUAGCAGAAAUUUUAGAAGCUUGUAGAUGAAAUUGAGUUAGUACUAGGGCAAUGAGGUUCUUAAUGAGGUUGUUGUGUAUGUUAAUUAUAUGAAUGCAAUGGAAGCAAUUAUCAAAUUAUGAUUGAAUUGCAAA